UCCCAAUGGAAAACAGCCCGAGUCAGGACCGCAGUGAUGAAAAGUCUUAUCUCUGCUUCCAGAGAACGCCGUCACUGCGUCGUAAAUGGAGAAAGCGAUAUGGUGGUUUGGAUGGGAACAAAUUGCUGGAGCCAGAAAAGGAGGAUGAUAUGAGAGAGAAUGGCCUGAUGACAGAGUCCCAUCAGGAGAGGAAUUCUUCUGAGGCAAAGAGCACUGAAAGCCAGGAAACUGUUGAGGCAGUCAACAUUGCAAGCCCAAUACCAAGAAAUGCAUUCCAGUCUCAGAAAUCUGUCAACUUUGUGACUGCAGGAUCACCAGGCUCUCCGUUACUAGUCAGCAGUGGGAGUCAAAGGAUUGCCGGACCAAAUGGAGAAUCAGGGCGGAAUACCAACCCCUACUGGCACAGCAUCAACAGGCUGGAGACCCAGCAGAACCCUGGGAAACGGAAACUAAUGCCCCGUGUUGACACAAAACAACUUCAGCAAAAAUACAGGUUGAUGGAAAGUGUAAUGCAGGUGUUGAGUUUCAUAAGGAAUCACUACCAGUCUUAUAUAUACAGGGCGGCCGAUGUGCUGUUUGAGAGUUUUGCCUCUGAUGAGAGAAUCAGCGUGAUGCAGUUUUUCGAGGCAGUGUGGAGCUCUGGGAUUCAGAAAUCAGACCCCAGGAUUAAGGACUGUUACUUACUGAUGAAGAAGCUCCAGGAAGCUGAUGGAACUGUAGACAGAAACACAUUCCACAGGUGUGUGACUGGCAUGGUGUCUUUCAUCCUGAAAGCGCUGCAAGGGCGGUUUGUCAUUCCGGAUUUUUCCACGUUCUCCGAAGAAACACAGAAGCUUUUUCUGAAGAGCAAACACCUGUCUCCCACAAAGGAACUAGGCUCGGUCAGCGGAAACAGUGGAAAAUGGGGAGUUUCCAUCUGCACGGUCGACGGUCAAAGGUUGUGCAUUGGAGACAGUGCCGAGCCUUGUGUUUUGAGAGAGAUUUCCUGGCCCCUAAUUUACGGCAUCGCAGUGGACCAGCUCAGUGUUGAUUAUGUGCACAGACAUGUGGGCGUUGAAGACUUUUCGAAGUAUGAGUCGGCUUUCAUGCUCACCAAACAAGGUGUUCCGCACAGUCCUUUGACUGAGACAGGUGCCAUUAUCACCACUUCCUUAUUACAGUUAGCAGCGCGGCUGGGCACUGAGGAAGACGAAAAAUAUGAGUCGGUUCUUAAUGUUAUCAGAAAGCUGUGUAACAAAGAGCACGCCAGCAUAAACUGCACAAGUUACCAGAACUUGAGGAAGGACAGCGUUGGGCUACAUGCUCUUGCUUUUUACCUUCAGGAAAAGAAAUGUUUUCCAGAGUCAAUAGACAUUAACACCACCUUAGACUUACUGCAUCAGUGUUCUUCCACAGAAGUGACCUGCGAGUCUGGGGCUGCCAUGGCAGCCACAUUAGCCAAUGGUGGGCUCUGUCCCUUGUCAGGUGACCAAGUCCUCAGUCCUUCAUCCACCCGAAGCAUGUUGUCUAUGAUGCAAGUGGCAGGAAUGAACGAUUACUCCAGAACAUUCCAUUUUAAGACUUCAGUGCCAGCCAAAUCCAGCCAAUCAGGGGGCAUGCUGAUGGUGGUUCCCGGUGUCUUGGGACUCAUGUGCUGGUCGCCAGAGCUGGAUGCCUUUGGAAACUCCUGGAAGUCUGUCCACUUCUGUGAGGAAUUGGUGUCAACAUUCCAGCUCCACAGCUUUGAAGUCAGAACCCCAUUCCGACAGGUGGUGGCCUACCGACAAUGGAAGGCGGAGUCUGAGGGUUAUCAGAUAAUGAACAUCUUACUCUCGGCCUACAGGGGAGAUGUGCAGUCCUUACGGAGGUACUUCUUGUCGGGGGCAGAUAUGAAUGCGGUCGAUUAUGAUGGGAGGUCUGCCCUGCAUGUUGCUGCCUCAGAAGGCCACCUAGAGGUCAUCAUGUUCCUGAUAGAAAACGCAGGGGUGCAUUUCUCAGCCAAUGACAGGUGGGGGAACACGCCCCUGCAGGAGGCAGUGAGGAACAAUCGUGUUCAAGCAGUCCGGCUCCUCAAGAAGUACACCAAUCAUCCUGAGACUGUGUGAACCACAGCGCUGCUGCCAUGCAGCAGGUCAGCUGGCCUGCGCAGACAGUGCAGUGCCUUGCACAAGACUCCUCCCUGUGCAUGCUGAUGCAUACCUGUCAUGCGGUCAUUGACAUCUAAAGCAUUACACGUGUCUGUCACUUUACUGCUCACUGCAGAAACAUGUAGCAAAAAC